AGAAUGAACGUGAUAGACCACGUGAGGGACAUGGCGGCCAGGGGGCUGCACUCCAACGUGCGGCUCCUCAGCAGCUUGUUACUGACAAUGAGUAAUAACAACCCUGAGUUAUUCUCCCCAUCUCAGAAGUACCAGCUUUUGGUGUAUCAUGCAGACUCUCUUUUUCAUGAUAAGGAAUAUCGAAAUGCUGUGAGUAAGUACACUAUGGCUUUACAGCAGAAGAAAGCCCUAAGUAAAACUUCAAAAGUGAGACCUUCAACUGGAAAUUCAGCAUCUACUCCACAAAGUCAGUGUCUUCCAUCUGAAAUUGAAGUGAAGUACAAGAUGGCUGAGUGUUAUACAAUGCUAAAACAAGAUAAAGAUGCCAUUGCUAUACUCGAUGGGAUCCCUUCAAGACAAAGAACCCCUAAAAUAAACAUGAUGCUGGCAAACUUGUACAAGAAAGCUGGUCAGGAGCGCCCUUCAGUCACCAGCUAUAAGGAAGUGCUGAGGCAGUGCCCAUUAGCCCUUGAUGCCAUUCUAGGUUUGCUGUCCCUUUCUGUGAAAGGAGCAGAGGUGGCAUCGAUGACAAUGAAUGUGAUCCAGACAGUGCCUAACUUGGACUGGCUCUCUGUGUGGAUCAAAGCAUAUGCUUUUGUACACACUGGUGACAACUCCAGAGCAAUCAACACUAUCUGUUCACUAGAGAAAAAGUCCUUGUUGCGAGAUAAUGUGGAUCUACUGGGAAGCUUAGCAGAUCUGUACUUCAGAGCUGGAGACAAUAAAAACUCUGUCCUCAAGUUUGAGCAGGCACAGAUGUUGGAUCCUUAUCUGAUAAAAGGAAUGGAUGUGUAUGGCUAUCUCCUGGCACGAGAAGGGCGGCUGGAGGAUGUGGAAAACCUUGGCUGCCGCCUUUUCAACAUUUCUGAUCAGCAUGCAGAACCCUGGGUAGUCUCUGGGUGUCAUAGCUUCUACAGCAAACGCUACUCCCGGGCUCUCUAUUUAGGAGCCAAAGCCAUUCAGCUGAACAGUAAUAGUGUUCAAGCCUUGCUGCUUAAGGGAGCAGCACUUAGGAACAUGGGCAGAGUCCAAGAAGCAAUAAUCCAUUUUCGAGAGGCCAUACGGCUUGCACCAUGUCGCUUAGAUUGUUAUGAAGGUCUUAUCGAAUGUUACUUAGCCUCCAACAGUAUCCGCGAAGCAAUGGUAAUGGCUAACAACGUUUAUAAAACUCUAGGAGCGAAUGCACAGACUCUUACCCUUUUAGCCACUGUUUGUCUUGAAGACCCAGUGACACAGGAGAAAGCCAAAAGUUUAUUAGAUAAAGCCCUGACCCAAAGGCCAGAUUACAUUAAGGCUGUGGUGAAAAAAGCAGAACUACUUAGCAGAGAGCAGAAAUAUGAAGAUGGAAUUGCUUUGCUGAGGAACGCACUGGCUAAUCAGAGUGACUGUGUCCUGCAUCGGAUCCUAGGAGAUUUCCUUGUAGCUGUCAAUGAGUAUCAGGAAGCAAUGGACCAGUAUAGUAUAGCACUAAGUUUGGACCCCAAUGACCAGAAGUCUCUAGAGGGGAUGCAGAAGAUGGAGAAGGAGGAGAGUCCCACGGAUGCCACUCAGGAGGAGGAUGUGGACGACAUGGAAGGGAGUGGGGAAGAAGGGGACCUGGAGGGCAGCGACAGUGAGGCGGCCCAGUGGGCUGACCAGGAGCAAUGGUUCGGCAUGCAGUGAGGGGCGGCUCAGGCCGCAUGGGCCUCUCUGCUCUGAGCACUUCCGAGGACUGAAGGAGCCGUGGGACCUGCUCUCAGGAGGACAGUGAUUCCACAUGUGAUUGCAGCAAGGCCAGCCCCUCACGCCCGGUUCUAGUUGGGACUUCGUUUAACAGAGUCUGACAAGCCCUUCGUCUGUCUCCACCUUCUCGUGUCCAAGCCAGGGGGCACUGAGGGAGCAUUCUGAGGCCUGCACACAUGCCAGGCUUCAGGGCAGAGUGCUUUUCUGUCUUUAAUUCCUGUGUUGGAGAGCAUGAGUAGUAGACAGUGUUUUGGCUGUGACCUGGAUGACCUUGGAGGAAUGCCAGCAUCCCAGAGCCAGAAUGUCAUCUCAGGUCAGAUAGCUGUACUGUCUGGCCCUUUCCAGUGGGUUCCCCCCUCAGAAGUCCUCAUCCUGGGCUAUGUAGACUGCCCCAGAAACCUUGCUUUCUUCUGCAACGUUAGUAUGCCUUACGCUGACAGUUGCUAUUUUGCAUAACAGUUUUCCUAUUUGCUAAGCUGGUAUCUUGCCUCUGAGCUUGGGCUGAUCCGAGAAACAGGUGUGACGAGAGCAUGACCAGAGACGCACCUGGGGCAGUUAACCAAUAAAACUGGUUUGUACAGUCA